AGCACUGAUUACCAUGCCAUAUCCAACGGCUCACACGGUCACACGAGCAUAGCUUUCCGCUCUUCUCCCCCAUGGCGUCGCCUCCACCUCCGCCGGCUUCCGCCGCCGCCGCCGCCGGAGCCACCAACAGCGUGUUCGUCUACGGCACCCUGAUGGCGGAAGAGGUCGUGCGCGUCCUCCUCGGCCGCGUCCCUCCGUCCUCCCCCGCGCUCCUCCCCAACCACCAGAGGUUCAGCAUCAAGGGGCGCGUCUACCCGGCGAUUCUGCCCGUCGACGGCAGCAGAGUCUCAGGAAAGGUUUUCAGGGGACUCACUGAUGGGGAGCUCGAUGUGCUGGACAUAUUUGAAGACGAGGAGUAUGUGAGGGAAAUUGUUGGCAUCUCCCUGACUGAAUCGUCGGAUACAAUGCUUGCCUAUGCAUACAUAUGGGGGAAUGUGGACGAUCCUGACCUCUAUGGUGAAUGGGAUUUUGAUGAGUGGAGGAAGGUGCACCUAAAUGAUUAUCUCACAAUGACACAAGAUUUCAAGGAGGAACUGGAACAACUCGAACAGAAGACACAUGAUUGAAGACUACCAAUCAUUCUGCCAAGGACUAAUUUGCUGUUGUACUGUAUGUGCUUUGUUCAACCAGCUCUCAUAUUAUUUGUAAAUAAGAUAUUUAUCAUGAAGAAAAAAAAUCAGUGUCAUAUUCUUUAUGGAUACACUUGAGGUGUCCAAGUUCAUGUUUUUCUGAUCAGUCGAUGCUGCUAGAGCCGCUUGCAUGUGAAACAAAUCAAACUUGAAUUUGCAUGGUGUAGGCCGUUUGAGUCA